AUGGAUUCUAAACACACUGAUGAGGAGAAGAAGGAGGGCUUACCAGUAGUGAUGCCAACGUUUGAUCGGAUGACCUGCUCUAUACCUAAAUCUCAAAUAGGUUUCAUUGAUUACUUCGCCAAUGAUAUGUUUGACGCCUGGGAUUCUUUUGGAGAUUUUCCGGAAAUCACAGAUCAUUUGAGAGCAAACUAUCAGUACUGGAAAGAGUUGACGGAAUCCAUCACUAAAGACAAUCCGAAACCAAUUCUUGCUAAAGAAGACCAACAAUAGUGACCAAAGGGUUUAAUCCAAUCCGAGACUAGACUUGAAACACGAAGUCUUAAGACACGAAGACUUAACAUAUUUAAUAAUAAGAUAAUUGAUUUCUAGUCCUGUUAUACAUCUCUAUAAUCUCAUUGAAAGACAUUUUGUGCUCACUUUUAAUAAUAACUAAUAAAUCUCUUAACGACUAAUAAUUUUGAAAGGCAUCAGUCAAUCAUUGAAUAACUGAUUGAAUUAUAUAUAAUGAGCGUUAGAUUUUCAUCCC